CCAUCUCGGCCCAGCGGGGUAAUUACACAUCGCGUAGGUAAGGACGCUGCGAAGGCGCCAGGUGUUUGCUCGGGUGCGAUGGCGGCUCCAGCUGAUGCUCGCAAGAUCGUCAAGAAGAGGAUGAAGCGGUUCCCGCGCUUCCAGGCCGACCGCUUCAAGAAGAUGAACCAGAGCUGGCGCAAGCCGGUCGGCAUCGACGGCCGUGUGCGCAGGACCUGCCCAGGGUCAACCCAGAUGCCCAGCAUCGGCUACGGCUCCGACAAGAAGACGAAGUACCGUCUGAGGAACGGCUUCUACAAGUUCCGGGUGCAGAACCUCUCUGAUUUGGAGAUGCUGCUCAUGCACAACGAGAAAUACGCCGUUGAGAUCGCACACAACAUCGGCGCAAAGAAGAGGAAGGAGAUCGUGGAGCGCGCCGACCAGCUCCGCCUGUUCGUCACCAACAGGUUCUCCAGGCUCCGCACCGAGGAGAACGAGUGA